AUGAAGAUCAAGGCCCUCAGCCGGUCGGCUUCGUCGGCGCAGGCACCUGGAUCCAAUGUGGCAAAAGUCACGCGCAACCUCGACCCCAACCAGCAUCCUUUCGAACGCGCCCGCGAGUACACACGAGCCCUAAAUGCGACCAAGGUCGAGCGCAUGUUUGCGCAGCCUUUUGUCGGCGACUUUGAGCCCGGUCAUGUCGACGGUGUAUACUCUUUUGCCAAGGAUCCGAAUUCGCUCGACCAUUUCGCAAUAUGGGACUUUGCCGGCAGGCAAGAAAAGUGGCAAGCACAGGCGCAUGAAAACCUCGUCAAAGGCAUGUGCUGGACAAGAGACAAGAAGUUGAUUACCUGUGGUGCGGACCGUCAGGUGCAAUUGUUCGAACCAUACUCGCAGGCCUCGAAAACAGCACCAAAGGCGACAUGGCACGGCAACACAGCCUUCACAUCUGUUUCUCACCAUCGCACACUACCAUCUUUCGCCGCUGCCUCGAGUACCAUCUCCAUAUACGAUACCACUCGCACCUCUGGUGCACCAGUCCAGAGCAUGGUUUGGCCUUCUGCGAUUGACACCAUCAACCAUGUCUCUUUCAACCAGGUCGAAACUUCAAUACUUGCGUCUUCCGCAACAGAUCGUCCCCUAAUCCUGUACUAUCUACGCACUAGUAUGCCGCUACACCGCACAGUGCUCACCUUUGCAUCGAAUUGCAUAUCUUGGAAUCCUAUGGAGGCAUACAAUUUCGCUGUUGCCAAUGAAGACCACAACGCAUAUAUUUUCGACAUGCGAAACAUGAAACGCGCGUUGCAAGUGCUCAAAGGUCACGUCGCAGCUGUGAUGAGCGUCGAGUUCAGCCCAACAGGAGAGGAGUUGGUGACAGGCUCCUACGACCGCUCGGUUCGCCUCUGGGAACGACAAAAGGGUCAUGCACGCGACAUCUACCACACCAAGCGUAUGCAGAGAGUCUUCUCGGUCGCCUGGUCACCAGACAACAACUACGUACUCAGUGGUUCUGAUGAUGGUAACGUGCGUCUUUGGCGCGCAAGAGCUUCGGAGCGACAGGGCGUCAAGUCCUAUGCUCUGCAGCAGAAGCUACAAUACGAUGAAGCGCUCAAAGAGCGAUACAAGCACAUGCCUGAGAUCAAGCGCAUCGCCAGACACAGACACAUCCCCACCACCGUCAAGAAGGCUGGCGAGAUCAAGGCCGAGGAGCUUAAGGCGAUUAAGAGAAGGGAGGAGAAUGAGAGGAGGCACACGAAGAAGGGCCAGACCCGACGAAAAGCGGAGCGAGAGAAGAUGGUACUGGCAAGAGAGCAAUGA